AUGGAUGCCAUUUAUCGUAACGCUGAGAGAGUGUGUAUCUGGCUUGGUACCGCCGAUCGAUCUAGCCGUAUAGCAUUUGAAUUCAUUGCUCAGGAGAUUCCGCAUUUGCAAAGCUUCGAUACACUUUGCGAUAGCUCGGAUGCAAGCAAGAAGUGGUUGGCUUUCCUAGAGUUGAUGCAAAGGCCAUGGUUCUCGAGGCGAUGGGUGAUCCAAGAACUCGCUUUGGCACGGAGUACCACCAUAUACUGCGGCGGCGACAAGAUUUCCUGGGAGAAUUUUGCCAUCGCGGUACAACUUUUCAUUGAAGUUGAAACAACGACACAUCGGUUAUCGGAAGUCAUGAAGAAAGAUCAGCUGUACCAGCGCACCCCUAGCUACUUCGACCACGUUUCCGCGCUUGGGGCUAGCUUGCUCGUUGAAGCAACCGAGCGUCUCUUUCGAUACGAUCACACACCUGGCAUAUUGGGAGUCCAGGGGGUUUCAGAAAGCGAUUAUCUCUCUGAUACUGAUGGGAGUGAAAUCAGCGAUCUAUCGAAUCUUGAUGAUGAUGGUUACGCAAACCACCUUCGCACCAACCCAAAGACUAGCAUUCAGCCUUUACUAAGUCUCGAAUACUUGGUGUCAAGCUUGACUACCUUCGAAGUCACCGUCCCUCACGACACCAUCUAUGCACUGCUUGCGAUCGCAAAAGACACGGCACCGCGCGAUCCGAUAGCCCACACUGCUUUCACGUCCAGUACUGUCGGAGGAAGUCGGGAAGGCACCAAAGUCUAUAUGGCGCGCAACGGCUACAACAUCAACUACGAAUUACCCUACGUUGACGUGUGCAUAGAUUUCAUGCAGUUUGCAAUCGAGAGAUCUUUGAACGGGAAUGCAAGCCGCGCAUUGGAUGUAAUAUGUCGCCCAUGGGCUGUGGAGGAGAAGAAAUUACGAAAGAUCCGAGAAGGAAAACUGAAGGAGAAAACGAAGGAGACAAGAAAGAGGAGGGGGAAGUAUCAGUCACUAAAAGAAGGGGGAAGACCUAGAGGUCGCCCACAGACUGACGCGGGGAUACGAUCGCAGCGUAAUACACAAGAGCAGGCUGAACGUGAGCGUGACGACAACCGAUUGCCCUCCUGGAUACCACAAGUCUCGGAAGCACCGUAUGCGAUGGUCCAAAGGCCAGGUUUCAAUGGCCCGAACAUGAGCCGUAUCAAUGCGGAUCCGUUGGUAGGUUUACCCAGCCCGAUGCAGCCAAAUUACUCAGCGGCAGGUACAAAGUCUGUCGACAUGAGGGCACUCCGAUUUCGGAAACGAUUAUCAGCAGGCCAAUCCAGUAUGUCUAUUCGUGGAUUCAAGCUUGAUGUUAUCGAAGAGGUCACCCGAGAAGCUCGAUAUGGGCAGAUACCGAGCGAAUGGGCCGAAUUAGCUCAUUGGGAGGAUGCUAGAGGACACCCGCCCGAGGCGUUCUGGCGAACACUUGUCGCAAACCGUGGAAAAGACGGCAAAAGCCCUCCUGUGUAUUACUCACGUGCGUGUCAGGUGGCAUUUAGAAAAGGUGGCAUAAAGUCUGGAGCUGUCGAUACGACUGGUCUUAUCGACGUUCCAGUCGUGUUGCGGAAAUGUCCUAGGAAGACUGAGGCAGAAUUUGAGGACGAAAUGGAACAAGAGCUGGCCGAUGUCAAGACUGCCUUCGUGCGGAAACUAAUGCAAUGCGUCGUGCGUAAACGAAGACACGAAGCUUGGAAAGACAAACAGAUGGCUAAAUUGUGCCGAGUAUGGCUGAGGACUACCGAUUACAUGCGUAGCCAUGGUGUCGAUUCGACCAACAUGCCCGCCAAAGUCAAGGACGACCCCACAGACCUCCUUCAACGCAUCUUGAAGCAUGCCACAGCCGACUUCAAAUCCUGGUUAUGCGAAGAGCGCGAGAAGGCAUGGCCUGCAAUUGUAGACGGCAUUAUGGAGGAGGAGAGGAAGCGGAAGUGGUCCGCAACCACCAAGAAGAAAAAGCUGUUAGUAGACUGGUGGGAAUUCGAAAUGGCACUUGUUGCCGGUAGACGCUGGUUGCAAAUGACGAGAAGAGGGAAGGCCGAUCGGAUCGAGUUUGCACUACAGUGCAGUGAAAAGCUUUGGAGACAACAGCAAUAUAACACGUACAAGGCUGUCAGAAUGCUCGUUGAGCAAGAGAACAGAAAGAAGAUUGAGAGGCAGGCCGACGAAGACCGAUACCACGUGAUGAGCGAACGCGGCAUCCACAACGGAGGCGUGACCGAUCACCAGAUAGCAAACAAUGGACUCGAAAGAAACUUUUCAUCCACAAGAGAUAAUGAGAAGCAUCGAAACGGUCAGGGCGAUGGAGACUCUCAGAACCAUGGAGGUAAUGAUGAGCCUUACAGCACUGACGAGUACGGAAAGACGGAAAGAGAAAAUGACACAUAUGACGGUGACCAAAAGACAAAAGCGGAUUCUUACGGGAAUGGAGAAACGUCUCAGGUAACCUCAAGAUCGUCGAGUUCGAGAUCCUUUACUGUACAUGCGCUGCCUGGUAUGCCAUCGACCAUUCGGCCCGGCUGGCGCCGCCCCUUGAAUCGAAAGCAGUUGACGGAUCAAGAGGCGAGAGAAUACGACAUGAGAAUCAAGGAGAAUCUGCGUGAGAGACUCGGCGACGAAGGCUACUUUUCUUACACGCUUCUUGGCGAGUGUUACAUACAUGGAAUGAUGGACGGCGAGGCGAUACAGUUUCAAACUGGAGAAGCGGAGGUCGUUCCUUCGAUGGUGUUUGAGAUUCGUUGA